CUGCCCUUGGGCGCGUGGAGCUGGUGGGGUCCGCUGUGCGGUUCCCGGGCUAGCGGUGAGCUACCAUGGCGCAGAGGCUCCUUCGUCAGUACUGGGACAUCCCCGACGGCACCGACUGCCACCGCAAAGUCUACGCCAGCGCCAGUAUCGGCGGCGCCACCGGCCUGGCGGUCUCUGCCUACAGCCUCUCGCUCUGGCCCACGGACACCAUCCUCGAGGGAGUGGCCAAGGCCGGGCGGUACACGUUCACUGCAGCCAUGAUCGGAGCCAUGUUUGGCCUCACCUCCUGCGUCAGCGCCCAGGUCCGCGAGAAGCCCGACGACCCCCUGAACUACUUCAUCGGAGGCUGUGCCGGAGGCCUGACCCUGGGAGCGCGCACUCACAACUACGGGAUCGGCGCCACCGCCUGCGUGUACAUGGGCACAGUGGCCGCCCUGGUCAAGAUGGGCCAACUGGAGGGCUGGGAGCUGUUUGCGAAACCCAAGGUGUGAGCCCGCCGUCUGCCAGGGCCUCGGCGGGUCCAGAUGUAUCUAGAAAUAAACUGCGUGUA